AUGAAUUUCGCGUUAGCUCCUAAAAGUGUACCCACAAAGGAAAUUAUCGCUUCAGUGGAGCAAGGUAUAAAACAUUUACGUAACGACGAAAAGAAUGAAGUAAGAGAGAGGGUGUGCGCCGUAGUAAAACAUGCUAAAUGUCCACAAAAUAAAAACCUUUCACGUUUGGAAGAGAAAGCAUUAAAAAGUUUACGGGGUAAUAAAGAUAUUUUGAUUACUAAAGCCGACAAAGGAAACGCAGUUGUAGUAAUGAACCGCGCUGACUAUCAAAACCAAGUUAACGAAAUGCUUGAGGACAAAAAUAUCUAUACACACAUUACCGAUAAACGACGAAAUCCUACAUCAAAAACUGAAUUAGAACUACAAGAUCGUUUACUUAGGUUAAAGGAUACAGGACACCUUACUGAAAAUCAAUAUAAAAGUUUAAGACCCUCUGACUCAUAUCCCGCGGCUUUCUACGGAUUACCAAAGAUACACAAAAUACCUCUCAUUGAAAAAGUUGAUCAUUUCACCGUAGAUACCAACGUCAAAAUACCUAUGAGACCAAUUAAUAGUUGUAUUGGAUCCCCUAACUAUCAAGUCUCUAAACAUUUGGCAUCCGUGUUAAAACACCUCUACGAAGGCGAUCAUGCGGUUAGAAAUUCAAAAGAUUUUGUUGAUUUUGUAAUGACCCAAACAGUAGAACCCGAUGAACAAAUUGUGUCAUUUGAUGUUACUUCGCUUUUCACAUCAAUUCCGGUAGAUUUAGCACUAAAAAUCGUUAAAGAAGAACUAGAAAAUACAGAGAUUUGGAAAGAGCACACAAAGUUGACGAUAGAACAGAUUUACAGUCUUUUGGCUUUUGUCUUAAAAAAUAGCUUUUUUGUGUUUAAUGGAAAGCACUACCAUCAGAUUUCUGGUUGCGCAAUGGGUUCACCAGUAAGUGCGGUUAUUGCUGAGCUAGUUAUGCAAAGGGUGGAAAAAAUUGCUUUGAGAACAUCCCCAGUGCCGAUACGAUGGUGGAAAAGAUAUGUUGAUGACUCAAACGCGUGUUUAAAACAAAACGAUAUAAUAGCUUUUCAUGAUCAUUUAAAUUCUAUAAAUCCUUGUAUUCAGUUUACCAUUGAAACACCGGCAGUAAAUGGAGACAUGCAAACAAUCGCUUUCCUGGAUACAGAGAUUUGUAAAAUUUCUACAGACAUUUCGAUUAAAGUUUUCCGUAAGAGCACACACACCGACAAAUAUCUAGAUUUUGGCUCACAUAGCCCUGUAAGAGACAAGAUCGCAGUUGUAAAAUCAUUAUUAGACCGAGCGAGAGUUAUUCCAUCAAACCAAGUUUUACAGAAGGAGGAAACGGAUAGAGUAGCAGAAGUGUUAGAGUUAAAUGGAUACAAGAAAGCGUUUAUUGAUAAUGUUAGAAAUACAAACAAAACACAACAAAAUUCUUCUGAAUGUGAGAUUCGUGGCUCGACGUGCAUUCCGUAUGUGAAAGGUGUGUCGGAAAAAGUCAAAAGCAUCUUAACUCGAGCAGGCGUUCGGACAGCAUUCAAGCCGAUAGUCACGUUAGAGAAUGUAUUCAAAAACCCAAAAGAAAGACCACAGGAAAUGCGAACAAAAGCUAUUGUGUACAAAUUCAAAUGCGAGUCGUGCUCAUUCACUUAUGUCGGGGAGUCAAAAAGAUGUUGGUGUUCCCGAUGGCUUGAACACAAACCAGGCGUAAGAAAAAAGACUUUUUCAGCUAUGAAAGAACAUGCUGAACAGACAGGUCAUGAAGUCGCUAAAACUGACGUAAAUAUUUUGGAAAAAGGCAUUAAAAACUCUACACGACGCUCUUCCGAUCUGUUACAUUCUGUACUAGACAAAAAUGCAGUCAAUGAACACAUAGAAUUUCCGGUUUCGUAUUUACCAUUGUUAGAAUCAAUUGAGUGUAACGGGAUAAGGCAUAAAAGGACUUGAACUAAUCGAACACGGCCAAAAUACUCUGAAGAAGGCUGCAGUUGGCAGCCGAAAAUUUAGUAUGUUUUUAUUGAAGAUUUUUAAUAGAUCAGUUACAAACUUUUACAAAAAUAUCAUAUAUAUAUAUAUAAUGAAAUAAAGUUCAUAUGAAGUAAAUCAAGUUUGUCUUCUAAUCCGAAUCCCAUACAGUAGACUCGCUGUUGGCUGCUAGGCAAAUGUUCUUUGCUUGUCCUUGAGUAUAAUACAAAUCCUUUCCUAUAGUAUUAAUUCUUUGCGGUUUUCCCAAUAUGAAACUGAAAGUCUCCAGUAUGUAUAGAUCUUGCGUAGCGACGUCGCAAAUGCAAUCCACAAGGAAUACAUAUACAAAGACAUCUCACCCAUCGAUUUUGCAACACAAGCUCUUGCUAUUCAUUAAAAUUACACGCAUUUGUUAAAAUACACACAUUCUGAACUUUAUCGAAUUGAUAUCGGCAACUAGAUCGGUAAAACAAUCUUAGCGCCCCACCCUUAUGUAAAAAUUUUGUUAUCUCCCAAAAUCUGGGAGACACGUGACCAGCCUGGACCUACAAUAAGACUGCAGUGCGGGCAAUUCACGGAAAAAAAACGGAAACACCACAUCAGCAUUCACAUGAAGUGUUUUCCGUCGAAAACUAAACUUCGACGUAGCAACCAAACCUUUUCUUUCAGCCAAAGCUGACAAGGAUUUCCCUUCCAUAUCGUGAUUCAACAAGACAGUAGUAAUCUUUUUCGCUGGUCCAGAAAAAACCCAGGGUCUUUCCUCCAGCGAGGCGCGUAGUGGAAAGAGCCUGGGUACGAGGUUGUGAAGAUAAACGCGCACAAAGUUUCUACUUUUCUCCCGGAUGCAAAAUUUUCAGCCCCAAACCGAAUUCGUCCGCUGCCAACAUUUUCACAAGCGGACAAACCGUACGAUGGGGGGAAGGGGUUAGUGCUCAUGUACAGUUUUUAAAAUGUUAAUUAUAGACUCAUCAUCACGUCAUUCCUGACAUCCAACAAUUUAUGGAGCGUGCGAGUGAAAAAGUUGAUCUGAUCCAACUUUACUGCGACGAUUAA